AUCUUGAGGUUAGGAGACACGGGGUCAGAGGUGACUGUAUUACAACAUGCCCACUGUCUUUGAGGGAAGCCAGUGUAGCAAAAUGGUGGACAUAGGGAUGGCAGAGUACUCUCGACUGCAGACACACUCCCAGGAAGGACUGAACAUAAGGGGCCCUGACUCUGCUUGGGACCCCAGGGGAAUCUUCCUAUAUCAGGUGAUGCUUGUGGUGGGUGGGGACAAUGCAGUUGCAUUUUGUGGUCUGUGAGGUCAGUUAAUCCGAGCAGAAGUGCGGGGGUGCUUGAGGUGCUGUUUUCCCUAGUUUAUUCUCUACUUUUGUGUGGCUGCAAUGACAGUAGCUGACCGAAGAACCCAGGGAUGCAAAGAUUACGCCUCAUUGUUUCAGGGGUCCCAUUUCAUGGUGGUGGAAGCUGUUUACAUCAUAGCUACCCAGGCAGUAGCAAGGCAGGAGGUAGGCAGGAGUAGCACUGGUAAAGCCAUCUCCAUUUCCUCUAAUGGUCCUAUCUCCCAGAGUUUCCAGAAGCUCCCCAAAACAGCAUCUCUAGCUUGAAAUCAGACAUUCCUAACCUGAGCCUGUGAGGGACAUUUCAGAUUCCAACAGAACCGAAUUAGAGUUUGCUGAUCGUGGGUAAGGGCUCUGGAAAAGACCGUCUAACUGCCAGCUCCUGGCCUUCCCGCCUAGAGCUCAGAACUUCCUGUUUGCCCAGGCGUAACACUGCCUGCCUGGUUUGUCUGCCCAGAAGAUGCUGUAGACAGGGCCCUUUCUCCUUAAGAACAGGCUAGUCCCCUGCUCUGUGGAGACUUGGUCAGCAACUGGGCUUCAGCAAGGCAGGGCAGGGUGGCGGGUUGCUGCCCUCUGGUGGUCUGGCUUUGGCCAAGGCCUGGCCUUUCUUGUAGCUCUCUUAGUGAAAGGACAUUAGACCUUCACCCUUCUGCGUAAAUCAGGCCCAGAGUGACAUGCUCAUUUGUUCUGCUGGAAAGAAUCAAAGAGGAAUCCUCCCUCUCUUGUGUGCGGGCUCAUCUCCAGCUGAGAAACCAUAAAGAACCUCUCUGAAGCCCAGGGGAGAAGUUGUUGGUCCCUGGUCCUGAAGGGAUUAUGUGCCUGCCAAGCAGUGAGCAGUGAGCAGUGAAGCCAGCUCCCUCUGAACACCCCCACUGCCUGUUUCCUUCAGCAGAGGAGAAGGGCCCCCCUCUCUGACACUUGAUUUGGAUCUCAGGACGGAGAUGAACAUCUGCAACAAACCCUCCAACAAGACAGCCCCCGAGAAGAGUGUGUGGACAGCGCCCUCACAGGACCGUGGGCCUUCCCCAGAACUGCAGGGCCAGCGCUCUCGACGGAAUGGAUGGAGCUGGCCCCCCCACCCGCUCCAGAUCGUGGCCUGGCUGCUCUACCUCUUCUUCGCGGUGAUUGGCUUUGGGGUCCUCGUUCCCCUCCUGCCUCACCACUGGGUGCCUGCUGGCUAUGCUUGCAUGGGGGCCAUCUUUGCUGGCCACCUUGUGGUGCACCUGACUGCUGUCUCCAUCGAUCCAGCAGAUGCCAAUGUACGGGACAAGAGCUACUCUGGGCCCCUGCCCAUCUUCAACCGCAGCCAGCAUGCGCAUGUCAUUGAAGACCUGCACUGCAACCUGUGCGACGUGGACGUGAGUGCGCGAUCCAAACACUGCAGUGCCUGCAAUAAGUGUGUAUGUGGCUUCGAUCACCAUUGCAAGUGGCUCAACAACUGCGUGGGCGAGAGGAAUUAUCGGCUCUUUCUACACAGUGUGGCGUCUGCUUUAUUGGGUGUUCUGCUCCUGGUGCUGGUGGCCACUUAUGUCUUCGUGGAGUUCUUUGUCAACCCCAUGCGGCUUCGUACCAACCAACACUUCGAAGUCUUGAAGAACCACACGGAUGUGUGGUUUGUGUUCUUGCCUGCUGCCCCUGUGGAGACCCAGGCGCCUGCCAUCCUGGCCCUGGCCGCCCUGCUCAUCCUUCUGGGCCUGCUGUCUACAGCCCUGCUUGGACACCUGCUCUGUUUCCAUAUUUAUCUAAUGUGGCACAAGCUCACCACCUAUGAAUACAUCGUGCAGCACCGUCCAGCUCAGGAAGCAAAGGAGACCCAUAAGGAGCUGGAGUCAUGCCCCCGCAAGGAGAUGGAGUUCUACAUGAGGACCUUCAGCCAUGUGCGUCCAGAGCCCUCUGGCCAGGCUAGGCCAGCAGCAUUAAAUGCCAAUCCUUCCCAGUUUCUUGCCACCCAAGGCCAAGUGGAACCACCACUGCCCUCGUCCUCAGACACACUGGCUCUGCCUCCACGGAUCCAACCCCAGAAGAAGAGGAAGCGGCGUGUGUAUAGAUUGCCCAGGUCUGCGGUCUUGGACCGAGAGCUCCAGUUGCCCAGGCUACGGGAGACUGGGACUCCUAGCCGCCACUCCAGCUCUUCAUCGGAUUCCACCAGUGCCAGCCCAGUGCAUGCUGGUGGCUCUGUAGGCGCCUACUACUCGGCAUCAGCUGAGUCCAUGGAAGAGAUUCCAGUGGCCCAGACGCGCCUGGGCAGUGCCGCACUGGGCGCCCCAGGAGCCAGGGGCCGAGAGUCUGGGCUGGCUCUACAGGCACGUUCGCCUGCUGUUUUUGUGAGCCCGAGCAGUGGCGAGCCUGGAACACCUGGAGGCGGCGAAGACGGCCUGCCUUAGCCCACUAAGGCUAAGGACUAGAGGCAGGAGGGCCUUGUAGGAUCGGCUGACCAGACUCUAUGCAACACCCCACAUUCGCCGCAACGAGUGCACUUUAGGGACCUCAAGGCCGACAGGAUCGGCCUUCCUUACCCAAGACUCAGCAAUAUCCGCGCCACCAGCCCUGAUGCCCCAAUAAACUUUUUUUUUUUUUU